AUGGGUGAGCAUGUCUGGUGUUUUCUUCUCGCGAUUGUUCCUCGGCCGUCUGCGCUGGCCGCAACAAAGAGUCUUAUUGUUUUGCAAAUUCACUUUCCUUAAGCGUCAAUACUAGAAACUUCUGUGGUCAGCAGACUUAGACGUAAUUAAUUACAUAGAGCCUGAGAUCGCCUCGAUUUCUGUGAAACGUGUUUAAGCCGUGUCACGCCUAUAAAUGUUGUAUCCAUUCCGUCAUCCAAAACCACUGCGUUAAAAGUCUGUCAUUAAAAGAGCUGACCCGAUCCUGGUUUCCAGGCACAUAUUCUACUUCGUUCGGUGCUACGAGCUUUGCAUGCCCCUAAAUGGUCUGUCGAUUUGCUUUGUACAAUGUAUCCUCAUGUGCCCUGAGUUGCGUUUAAGGCCGCAUUGUCACGUCUAUUUUCCAUUGUAGGCAUUGCUCGGGAUAGGAUUCAUAAGCGCAGCAAAACCGGCGGGCGUCGUGAACGUAAUCGCAAGAAGAGGAAGUUCGAGUUGGGUCGGCCGGCCGCCAUGACCAAGCUUGGGCCAAGGCGUAUACGGACGGUGCGUGUCCGUGGUGGCAAUCUCAAGUAUAGAGCUAUGCGCCUAGAUCAAGGCAACUUCAGCUGGCCCUCCCAAGCAAUCUCUCGGAAAACGCGUAUAAUUGAUGUUGUGUACAACGCAUCCAACAAUGAGUUGGUACGUACAAAGACAUUAGUCAAGAACGCUAUCGUGCAAAUCGAUGCUGCACCCUUUCGCCAGUGGUACGAGGCUCACUAUUUAAAGGAACUUGGUCGCCACCAGCCCAAACCUGGCAAACAGGCACAACACACCACCGAGAACCCAGAAGACGACGUUCUCCUCAAAAAGCGCAGCGAAUCUGUUAUGAAGAAGUAUGAAGCCCGCCAGAAAUUGCCUAUAGCCAACGUCCCGGAGCCCCUGAAAGACGAAUUCAUGUCAGGUCGCCUUCUGGGUAAGAAAACGUUCUGUCUUACGCGUUUCUUUCUAGCUUGCAUCGCCUCCCGACCAGGCCAGGUUGGCCGCGCUGAUGGAUACAUUCUAGAGGGCAAGGAGCUGGAGUUCUAUUCGAGGAAAUUGAAGGCUAGGAAGGCUAAGUAA